AUGGAUAACCUCUACAAUGCAUCAUCAUAUUUAACAAUGCAAAGCUAUAAUCUCUCCGGUGAAAGUGUGUUUCCUGCUUUUCUUUUUGCAUGUCUAGGCUAUAUGAUUAUACUUUUUUGCAACCUCGUGCUAAUCCUCACCAUCAUUCUGAACAAAUGUCUGCAUCAGCCCAUGUACUUACUUCUAGUCAAUCUUCCUAUUAAUGACCUAAUAGGUUCUUCAGGGUUUUUUAUUCAAACUAUUAAACAGCUACUGACAAACAACAGGACCAUACACUACCCAGCAUGCAUUGCUCAGGCUUUUGUCAUUCACAUUUAUGGUGCAGGUGCUGUGUUUAUUCUGACUGCCAUGGCAUACGACAGAUACAUUGCAAUAUGUUUCCCUCUGAAGUACAACACUGUUAUGACUAAUGCCCAUGUCAUGAGGAUAAUCACACUUGUGUGGUUGAGCUGUUUUGUUACAAUGGGCUUGCUUUUUGCUCUGCUUUUACGUUUUCCCCACUGCCGAUCAGAAAUCACAAACCCCUACUGUGAUAAUCCGUCUCUGUUGGCUCUGGUCUGUGAAGACAAAAGCAUCAACAACAUUUACGGCCUUCUUAUUUCUGCUUUGUCGCAAGUAGUGGCUAAUGGGCUGAUUCUGUACACGUAUCUUCGCAUCCUAAUCGCAUGUUUCAGAUCCAAACACUCAGAUACAAGAGUUAAAGCUCUGCAGACGUGUGCCACGCAUCUAACCAUUUUCCUCCUGUUCGAGUGUUUGGGUCUUUUCACUAUAAUAUCCUACAGAAUACAGAGAGCUUCACCACAUUUAAGAAGAUUCAUGGGGGUGGCGACUUUAAUAUUCCCCCCAACACUGAAUCCAAUCAUUUAUGGGCUGAAAACGAAAGAAAUAAGGGAUAAAAUCAUUCAGUUUUUUAGGAAUAAAAUUAAUCACUUUCAGUAG